CCAUACCAGCAUCUUGAUCACCGCCAUACCCCAUACCAUGUCCUGAUCACCACCAUACUCCAUACCAGUGUUCUGAUCACCGCCAUACCCCAUUCCAGUGUUCUGAUCACCGCCAUACCCCAUACCAGUGUUCUGAUCACCGCCAUACCCCAUACCAGUGUUCUGAUCACCGCCAUACCCCAUACCAGUGUUCUGAUCACUGCCAUACCCAAUUCCAGCAUCCUGAUCACCGACAUACCCCAUACCAGCAUCCUGAUGACUGCCAGACCCCAUUCCAGCAUCUUGAUCACCACCAUACCCCAU